CUGGCAUGAAGGGAUGAGUGACAUGGGGAAGAGCGGGGUGAUAUGGGGAGGAACGGUCAUUGUUCCUGUUUCAUGUGUGUCUAUCUACGUCAUGUUCGGGGUAGUACAACUUUAUACUCCUUCUUUUCGCCCAAGCUGCCAGUCAAGAGAUACGGCGGCUGAGUCUCCUCGGAUUUCUCAAGCCGAUUAAGAAUAGCCUACACGUGCAUCAUCGGCCUAUAAAAACCACAUUCUCGAAAUAUCUCUCCCAUCCUGCAGGAGAGAAAAACAGCGAUGUUUUCGUUCACCCUCCGAGCCAUCUUCCUGGCUGCCCUUGCUGCGCUCGUGUCGGCAGAUGGGGGCGUAAUCACCGCUCCUGCGAACGGAACCGUUAUUAUGCCCGGCGAAUCCUUUGCCUUCAGCUACGACGCGAUGGCAGAUUAUAGCGUAUCCACGUACAACUACACCGUCUUUCUCUUCACAAAACUCCCAUCCUCGUUGUUCUCCAGCACCGAGUGGUCAAGCGGGCAUUACUUUGGAAGGUUCGAUUAUCCCAAUUAUCCGGCGGUACCGUACUCGACCCAUCCAGCACCAGCUAACCUGACGAUGCCAGACUUUUCCAAGCGACCCAGUUCCGGGUGGGGCGGAGGAGUAAAUGUCACCAACGCGACGGUGUAUUUACUAGUCCUGGAAGAGUGGCUUACGGGAUCGGACAAUUUCGGUCUGAUAAUGAGUCUCGCAAUCAACGAGCUCAUUUAUAAUGCGACAGAUCAGGCAUUGUGAUCAUCAGCUUACUGAAUUUUAUAUUCUUUCGGACUCAGACAAACUUCUCUCAUUUCUUGGGCAUUGCUUAAAUAAGCCGCUGUCAGUUACGAAAUAGUCAGCCUACAUUCAAAUUGAAAAUGAAUAAUCAAACCUCUCACUUGCUACGAGCUAGAGCGAACUAGCUGGCAACAUUUUCGUCUCCUUGGAAAUGAAAAUUGGAACGCGUGCGGG